AUGUCGUUGCAUGCCCACGCAAGCGACGCUCUGCAUCCGACGACCAUCGCAAGUCUGCUCAUCAACACGGGCGCAACCAGCCCCUUGGUCCUUCACUCCCCAACUCUGGCGCCCAGGCCAGACGAAAAGCCCGAGGAAACCGGGCAGCGAGUGCGCCAGUUUGCGCUGGAUUUGUUAGGGUGGAAUGAGACUCACGUCCGGGAACCCAACUUUGUUUACGAGGCGGGAGGUUACGGAGCGGGUUAUGGUCCUCUUGCCCAUGCUUCCAAAGAAUGGGAGAUCAAUGCUAUUGCGGCGGGACCCAAACCCGUCCUAGUCAAUAUCCGAACAGCCACAAAGGAGUCCCUGGACAUUCUCCUCGCCGAGGCCAAAGCCCAAGGCUGCAUCGCGGCACUCAUUGACCUGGUGAGCACCGAGGACGGCUCAAUUCUCCCACCAGAGCGCCUGGGAAUGCUUAAAGAAAGCUGCGCACGCCACAAACUCCUCCUUCUCGUCGACGAGACCAUGACAGCAAUUCGAUGCGGAGCGCCCUUCACCUUCCAGCGCAGCGAGUACGCCGCACAAGAGCCACACCUACAGCCCGACCUCGUAAUAUUCGGCAAGGGGCUCGGCGUCAGCGGCAUUGCGCUGAACUUUAACGGCGCUCUGAUCAAAAACCUCGGAUACAGCGAGACAGCCGACAUGAAGCAGACGAUCCUCUACUACCACGCUCUCGUGAGCCGGCCCAUCGGUCUAACGACGCUCAUCGAAGCCUACGGCACGCUGCGAAAAGCUGAAGCGGAGAACUGGCCGGCAAGGAGCAUCCAGAUCGGCGAGACCAUCCGCAACAUCCUCCACGAACUGGAGCCCCAAACGAAAGAACCCGGGGUUAUCCGUGGACUGGCGGCCAUGAUCGCCCUCGACAAGAAAUACGUGACGCGGUUUGGUAUCAUGGGCGCCAUCCGCCGCCGGAGUCCCAUCGUGCGCUGGCUGCCUAGCCUCAAUGCUGCGUAUGCUGAUCGUGGCCUGCUCGUGGAGAACGUGUUUGGGUCUGAGAGCAGGAAGCAUAGGCAGAAGUUGUCUGCGGAGGCGGACCGGGCUGGGUCUGCUCCGUUGUGGUGCUUUAUGGUCAAUCUGGAUGCCUAG